AGAUAGCCGCGGGCGUCGCCUGAGGCCGGAGCUUGCCGCCGCCAGCCAGCCAGCCAGCGCGCACGAUGCGGUCGGGCGCCGCUGUGGGUCUUUGCCUGGGCGCCGGCUUCGUCGCGCUCGCCUUCGGGGUCGCCGUCGUCUGCUGGGCCGCCUGUCCCAGGAGGAACAGGGGCAGGAGGCCGCAGCGCCGGCGCCGCCCCCGGCCCGCGCCGCCCCCGCGACCGGCCCUCGCCGCCCCCGGCGUCGCCGUCGCGACGCUGCCCUGGGAGCAGCCGCCCGCCGCGCACGCCGCAUUCUGCCCCUGGGGACAGCCUCCGCCCCCCUAUCCCGUUGACGACGACGUGGAGGCGGAGGCGCAGGCGCAGGCGGAGAGGCGCAAGUUCUAGUCCAGCGUGGCGAGCAGGGUGCGGCCUGAUCCACCAUUGUUUUACUCGUCACUUACUUACAAGGUGCCCCGGUUAAUGGACAGCGGAAGUGCUGUUUACAAGAGACGCUUCGGCCACCUUGCGACACAGGUUUCAGAGCACGGCGACGGACUUUGGGAGCUCUCUGAGACGGCGAGAUUUUACUGCCUCGGACGACAGCGUUCUCUCCGCUGAGCACCCCAUCAACUCGUGCACUGUACGGUGUUGCUCCAUCUUACUUUUAAAGUGUCCACGCAGACGUGCACAUUCUAUUAAUUAAUUCGCAAAUUAAUUGUUAUUUAGAUCACGUUUCCACGCAGUGUCGAAAACACGUUAAAGGUCACAUUUAUUUUGGCUACCGUUUAGGCUGGGGUGAUGUAUGUCGAUGACUGAAAGAGACUUCAUGUUAUGUGACAGAGGAAGGAAAUAUGCUGCUGUGCAGCAAGUGGGACACUGCUUUUCGAGUGCCAAAAGUGUCUGCUGAUCCAGGUGCCCCCAUUUUAGCACACGGUACUUCAAACAGUCCAAGCGAGCAGCCUAUGUAGUGCAUUCCAGAUGGGCUAACACACUCGAUCAAAUACCCUCGAAAGUGGCCGAGUAUAGAAAACGCUACUAGGGGAGGGGGGUUGGACCAUAACACUUAAAUGUUUUUUCAUCGCAGCAUGAUGCACGCUGUUGAAACUUUUCUAGCUACUACAACACAUUUGACGACGCAACAAUGAGAAUUUGAGUACAUGUGUGAAUGCAAUCUACAUCCGUAGUUUCGACAUUUUUAUGCUGUACGUCCCCCUUUUGAAUUUCCUGUAUGAAAGUCAGUGAAGACUACAGACAGGGACUUUCCGUAAAAUACAAAUGUCUUAUUCUUCUUAUACUUUUGUACAUAUGUCUAACUACCCUUUCAAGUAUCUGGUACGAAGCGAGACGUUGUAGAAUUUAAAACACCAAUCUCACAUCGAACUGUUGUGUACAGUAGUCUAGGUUUCAUCCGUUUGUUCUGCCUUUUUCUUCCUCUUCUUUAUCCAGAUUACUUCAGGCCGAUCGUAGGGUGAUUUUAAACACAGAGAACUGUGCAGUUCCUACCUCCCUCCAUGUCCAAACAAUUAAACGCACCAUCUGUAGUUACACAGAUGUUUGUGAGUCACCAGGUUCUGAUGAGGGUGUAGCUGGCUUAUAACGGACGUGUAUUUCACCGAAAUUCCCUUCUUUCAAUAUGUAACUGUUUUUUCCUUAUUUUAUUUUUUUCCCUUUAGCUGAUAGUGUCAUUGUUCUCGUGUUAUUGGCGUCUUCUUGUGGUUCUUCAGAGAAAAUUAUCAGGUUUUUAACGCCUUUCAAAUGUCAGAGUUCUUCAAGUUUUUCUGAUCGACUUCUAGAAUUCAGAAUUUCAUCGCGGUAAUCUCGCAUAUACGCGUAUCUGCAACGUGUCUAUCGUGAAACAUUUUACACGUCUUUCUCAAUUUGUGCAGCUUUUUAUCUUGCUAGUCGAGAAGCCAUUCACGAUAGUUUAUGUAGAAAGCAGUAUCCAUGAGUCGUUAAGCGCUUCACAAUGACGCAGUAUCCAUGUUGGUGUACUAUAUCCUCUCUGAAUAAGUAAGAGGCUUCUGACGCUGUUACUUCUCAAAGUGUCACUUUGAACUGUCAUUCAGUGUGAUACUCGUUUUCUGAGAUUGUGCCUUCCGUAUACUUAUGUGUACGAUAAAGAUCGCUCAGUAGGACUUGACUCCGAGAUAGGAACCCUCAUGUUUUGUUUCGAGCAGAACUCGAUGUUAAUAAAACCUACACGUGAUCCUGCUGUUUGUCGCCUCGCUUUCAUUAUCACUCUUUGCUACUUAUGCCCUGAACCUGUUAAUUAACAUUAAGUUGUGCCUUUUUUGAAUAAAAUUUAUUUGGUUUUUGAGCCGCAUCGUUAUAAACAGCUAAAUUGCCGACGUUCCGAUCGAUUUGCUAAAGUCAUCGUCAGGACGGUAUUACGUUGUGCCAUGUCGUUAUGAGCAGCUGACUGUACGAGCAACAACUCUCCUUGCUUGCCACACCUGUACAUUACCUGAGCUUGACGCCGGUGUUUUCCUGCCCGGCACAUGGUGCUUGUUGGCAGGGACUGUACGGGUGCCGGUGGCCAGUGCCUGCACGUGUUGUCUCUCUCAUCUACGAUCGUCUCCUUGACACUUCUUCAGUAAACGUUUAAUAAGGAAAACACUGUCGUAUUAUCUUACUAAGGAGAUUGUCUGUUCUCCUGUAUCCUCAUAAUUUUAAUACUAUUAGUGAUGCUCGGUCAACUAAUAAUUUUUAUCUUUUUGUCACAUCGUUAAGCGCAAGUGGAGAGCGUUAUUGAAGUUAUUUGGGUGAUGAUUUUCCUCUCUUCGUCUAGCAAUAUCUCUUCAUCUUGCCCCUGAAGUUUCUCAUCCGUUCUUCCCCCCAGGUUCUGUUGGUUCCUGUUCUCGGUACUGAUGAUUCUCGACUGGCAUUCUGAAUGCCUCAGUGUUCUGUAACACACCAUCUGUGACGCUCAUUUCCUGAUCAUCUCACUGAGUUUCAAUCACCAACGUUCACUGAGGUGACAAGACGGACAAUUGUUUUCGUCAGUCUGUAAUCACUCAUUUUAAAAAUGGAAACAUAAAAUUUCAAACGUCUUUUCCAGAAAGAGUCAGAGAUUUUCUCAGCAUGCUGACAUAAUUCCUGAUAUUUCCAUUUCAAUCAAAUUCUGUCGAAGGAGGCUGGACCCAUUCCGUAAAAUUUUUCUUUUUUCUAUUUUUAACUCGUGAAUUAGUGACCUUCCUCCUAUAUUUCGAUGGGUAUAAUGCUUGCGGUUUGAUUACUACGUUAGAAUGACUCAGUCUUGCGUUUCGGGCUUUUGAUUUUUCGUUUUAUCUCUUGCAAGUCAUUCUGUAGGUCCUUUGCAGUUUAGAUACACUUGCUUUAUUUGGUUCACAUUUUACUGUUGAAGGUUGGAUUAUUACCUCCAUAUAUCUGAAUUUAGUGCGGUAUCUGAAAUAUUUUGGUGAAUUGAGUUGUCCAGCUAGGUGCCGAAGAAUUUCUGACGUGUCGAGUUUUUACGUAUGAAAUUAUGUAAUCCAGUUUUAGCUGGAGUUUCAUGAACUGUAAGAUGUAAGAAAAUACAGCCAGUGAAUUUUAUUUUCGUGUAAUCUGUCAAUUCUUUUAUUUGUCCUACAUUCUGAUUACUUUUUUGAAUACAAGACUGAAAAAUAUUGGGGAAGAGGAUAGUUCAUCUUUCUGUUGGGCUGCUGUUUUAGUAUUAAAAAUAGAGAAAGUUCGCCUGAGAAUUUAAGUUUUGAUGUGUGUUGUGCAUUUCUGUCUUCUUUGAUUUUUUUAUUGUAUGUCCCCGUAUCGAUAAAAAGGAAAGAGAAGUAUUUCAUUUUCGAAUUUAAAGAGUAUUGAGAGUGCUUGGAAUGACAGAAUCCUUUCGUUUGUGGAGACAGGAACAUGUUGUGUUCUUCAUGUGUGAACUUGUUUGCAUUGUGAGUGCUCUAAACAAAAUCGCUGCAGAUAUUAAAGAGCGCAUUAAUUUGUGAUGCUUCAGUUCCAUUGAGAGAGUUCCACGAAAACGCGGAUUUUAUCGCGAAAGGAAAAGAAAUUUAGGGUUCAGCGACCAGAGAAGCUUCUUCCGAACGAGAUUCUGCGAUCUCACCAGAACGUCUUUUCCAGAAUGAGGAGGGUGCCUUAGUGACCGAGCCAUGUGCGCUGAACCAGUGAGCACGGAGUGGAACAUUCUAAGUUGUACAAACUGAAAGACUACCAGUCUGUUUAGCCACAGAAAUAUGGCUCACCCACGACAGAGGAAAUGCAUAAAUGAUGCGUCCUCCUUCGGGUUGUUCUAGUAGCGAACAUGGAGACAUAAACAAGUUAAGCGCAGCAUACACCGAGCCGUUUGGUUAGCCGUUUGAAAUGGCUUGUAUGUAUCUUUUGGAAUAUUAUUCCUGCGAAACAGCGAUCAGAAAAUGUUUGUAAAUAAAUACAGUCUAGAAUUGGAUCUAAGUUUUCAAAAUUUGUUAAUUAGGUGACCGGCACAGAUCGUGGUACUGUCAUCACAGGAGGGAGUGGCGUGGAGCAGCGCGCUAUGCAGCCAUGAUAAACGCGGCUGUGGCCUGCAGUUUCACGGCCUCGUGACGAUUGUACCACAAUCGAAACCGGUCGGCUGAUUAAUAAAUUUUAAAAAACCGACAUGCGGUCCUAGGCUGUUUUUAUUUACAAACUUUUAAGUGGUUUGCAUGUCUCUCAAGUCUGGUUGUCCAAUCACGAUUUUUUUUAUACUUAAAGUUAUUUCCAGGUCGCUUCAUGUUUUAAUAUGCCAUGAAUUGUGAUAACACGGACACACACACGCACAGCUUUACUUACCACCGCCCCCUACCUACAACCGACGUGGGCAGCUGUUUCUCGUAUCAGAGGAAUACGUCUCUGAAACUGACCUCUUUUUAUACGCCACUACGGAGUCAACCUACCCUCUCAUUCACGGUUGCUUUCCUUUCACUGAACAGACCAUCUAUUCAUUCUCUGCUCAGUUCAGCGGCAAUAGUAAUCUGAGAAGCAUUCUCUUGCAUGCAGUUCUCACUGACUUUUGUAGCACAGAUCGAGCCACAACCGUGCAAGCAAGGUCAGAAAACAGUCUGCGUGCAAGCAAGGUCAGAAACCAGUCUGGUUCACUCAACGCACGUACAAAUUUACUGCACUAGGAUGUGAACUGUAGAACCUCUACUAUAUUUGUAAGUUACAAUGAUUGCUGUAGAUUUAAUGAUCAAACAAUGUACUGUAAAUUACGAUGAUUGCUAUAGAUGUACUGAGUAGGCAAUAAAAUGUUUAACGAUAUUACAAAACAA